CCCUGCUCUUGAUUCUUGAUCGGUUACCAAGUUUAUCGGAAGUUAUUUUCAUUCACAUCAAAGAUGGAGAGUAAGAAGAGAGACGUCACGUUCAUCCUAACAACAACUCUCUUGUUGUUCAGAUUAUGCAAUUGUUCAGAUAUUGAUCUUACCAUUGAUAUUUCACCUGGACGCCAAGAAUGUUUUUGGGAAACGUUGCCUUCUAAAACCAGCGUUGAAGUUGAUUAUCAGGUAGACUUUUUGAAAUUGUCUCAAUAAUCAAUAAUUUAAAUGUUAAUCAUUAAUUAAAAUUAAUGUCAUGUUAUUGUUGAACGUAGAAACUUACUAAGUUACUUAGUAACUAAUUUAAUAUUAAUACUAAUUAGAUACAUUAAAUUUAAGUUAGUUUCUGUUAGUAGAGAACAAGCAGUGGGGUGGGGAGGGAUCGGUCCACCCUGGGUUUCACUUUUUUCUUUUUAAAAGUUGGGGGGGCAUUUUUGGCCAACUGCAGUUUUUUCCUUGAAAGUAAAGGGGCUUUCAAAAUUGCACGUGACAAUACAGUCUUAAAGUUGCUGCCUUUUGCAAAAUAGAAUAAAUGAAGGAAUGUGUUCAAGCUGUGUGAUUAACCCUUUCGUUACCGAUGAUGUAGGCGUCACGUCACGAUCACGCACUUUCAUUAAACAAGGCUGUCAUAUUGUCGUCAUAACUAAGAGGCAAAGAACUUUUCUGAAAUACCAAGGACGUCACUUCGACGUCAUAUUUCAAUCAUCAAUGACUAUAUAUUUCUUUAUUUGUUAAUAUGUAGAGAAGUUAAUAAGCGAAUCGGAUAGAGAAAGCCUGCACAACUCAAAAGAAAAGGCAGCCCAGAACACUUAAUGAAAAACCUGUGCGGGCCAAAAUAAAAUAGGACGGGGGGAAAAGCUAUUGAGAAAAUAAUAAGAAUAAAGAAUAUUUCGUUACUUCACAGGCCACAAUCAGGUCCUGACGGGUCGCAUGCGGCCCGUGGGCCGUGUGUUGUGCAGGCCUGGGAUAGAGAAUGAAAAAUACCGGAAAUUUCUUCUUUUAAAGUUUUUUUAUUGCUGAGUCAGCAAAAAUCGAUGCCCAAAACCAGUGGUAAUGAAAGGGUUAAUUAUGAAGGACAUAGUCAUAGUAGAACAAGGUAUCAGAAUCAGGUAUGUGUAAGCUUGAAAUGGAAAGACAGCACAAUAAAAUUAUAGCGUUUGGGCUAAGAGCUAAGGAAGGUGUAAACAAAAGAACCAUUAAAAUGGCAUCGGAAUCUAAUGCAUAGGUAUAGUUUCCAAAGUUGUGCACAGGACACUGAUGGAAAUUACCAUUUAUUUAAAUAUGAACAAGGUAAAUUGUGUAAACUGUCUAUAAUUGCUCAUAAUGCAUCAUGCUAUUCAGUUUUAUAACAGAAACUUCAACUGACAGUAACUAGCCUAAGUCAUUGAAACUGUCAGAGCAAGGAGUGUCACCAUCACAAUUAAAAAUACAACAUUGUAAGCCCAACAAACAUUAUUUAAUUAAAUAUAAUUAGUGCACUUAACAAUAAAAACCCAUAGCGCUCUUCCAGAGUUAGGGGACCACACUCUAAAAAUGAAAUGAUACAGACAUAUUAAUAGUUUUUACAUUUGUGUUCCAGGUGAUUGAUGGUGGGGAUUUGGAUAUAGAUGUUAUGGUCGUUGGACCUGAUAAUAGAAUAUACCAAAUGGAUCAAAGAAAAACAGAAAACACAAUGAGGUAUGUUCAUUAAAAUUGUUUGUAAAAGAAGACAAUUAGCGAAAAUUAGUGGACUGUUCAUUAAGCUAACGAGAUAUCAACUUUUAGCCAUCAAGCUGUGUAUGAUUUUUUGCAGUCCAUUAAAUUUAGUGCAUUCCUCACAACAAUCCCGCAAAAAAAACAAAAACAAGAGAGUUUUUAAUCUGAGGUGGAUUCCCCCAGCACCUCCUCCCCAUCCCCUGAUUUUAAAAAUAAUAAAUGUUAGUUUUUAUGAUUAUAUUAAAAAGUAUAAAACAUUUCUAAUACUAAUAAUUUUAGUAUACUUUUAUUUUGAGAUUUUACAUCUGUUGUAAUUUUUUCUUUUUAAAUUAUAUUAUUUAUAGUUGUUCUUGCACCAAAAUGGCCACUUACUUUAAGACUUCAUUACUGUUUAGUUAGCUUGUUUGGAUAAUUCCAUGAAGAUUUUCAGUAUGAACUUGUUUCCUUAGCCUUUGACUUUACCCAUGACUGUGAUUAUGUGAAAUAAAACUCCUACCAAUAAUAUUGUGCACUUGCCUUCUGUCUUAGAUACUGAUCCCAUCACCCAGCAGCUGAAAUUUAUCAAGUUUUCUAUUUUAAGCUAAAGGACUUUUCAAGAAGAAGGAAACUGAAAUAAACAGAGUAGCAAUGGUAUAUUUCCCACAAAUUAAUUUGAUUGUCAAGACAAUCAGUAUUUAACACACAUAAAAGGAACGAAAAUAACUUUUUAAAUAAUAAUUUUCAGAAUUGAGACAGGUGACGCAGGAGAUUAUAAAGUCUGUUUUGACAACACUUUCAGUAGAAUAUCAAACAAGCUUGUCUUCUUUGAAAUCUUUAUUGAGGAUGGUAAAGAUGAUGAGGAUGAUGAUGAUAACACACUAACAUUUGAAGGGGAGAACAUGCAAGGACAGCUGGAUAUGACUGUUGAGGAGUUUAAGGUUUGAGUGAAGUUAUAGUAGUUUUUGUUUGUUGUUUUUAAGGAGAUGUUUGAAAGCAAGUCUCUGAAAAUUAAAAUGAAUGUGGCCUUCUCUGGAGCAAUAUAAUAAUAAUAAUAAGAGGUCUAAUAUAGCGCUGUACCCCAGCCUAGGGCUGGGCUCACCGCACUGUGCAUAAAAAUUUUAUCAAAAGAGACAUUAAAAUAAAAUACAUUUAUGAAAUAAAGAACAGCAAUGUAUAUUGACCCACCCCACCACAUAACUUUUACAAGGCAAACCAUGGACAGCAGCCAGCAAGAUCGUUUAUCGGUCAGAGGAGGGGAAUCAGUCAGGGUAGUAUAAUUUAAAAAGAUAUGUUUUGAGUGCAGAUUCGAAGGCCUGGGUGGUUGAUAUAUCCUGACUUUUGGCUAAAUCUUAAAAUAUCCCACCAGUGUUGUGGAGCUUCAACAAAUUUUCUAACACUUUCUCCUGGUUAAGAGGUGUAACACUUGAAAUCAGAGUAAUGGUAAUUAGCACCAUCGUAAUAAGGAUGAGACACCUGGAGAACUACAGUAAAUUUUAUUUUAAGAAAAUACAGACAUAUUCUUGCCAUUUGAAAUUUAUUUUGCUUUUAUUAAUACGCAACUGCAGAGUGUAUAACAUAUUUCCCAACACCCGACUUGAUUUUUAUUAUGGUCUGGCAUUAAUUUUGACACCCAAAAAAAAUUUUACUUUGAAUAAUAUCCUAAUUAAUCAUACAAAGCAACUCAAUUAAAACACUGUCACAUUGAAUUAACAAUACUAAUCUCAGGGUGAAAUUUAUAACAACAACAAAAAAAGAAGAGUGAAUGGUAUCUGGGCUUCUGGAUAAACUUGUUUCCAAUUUUUUUCUCUCCAGGGAAUACUUGAAAGAGCAAAGAAGAACUUGGACCGCUCUAUACAAGUUCAGACUCUCAUUAAACUUCAUGAAGCAAAAGAUAGAAACACUCAGGAGGCCAAUUUUUUCAGGGUCAACUUUUUCUCCCUCUUCCAACUGGUUCUAAUGAUAUUUGUGGGACUGGUGCAAGUUAUAGUGAUUCGAAGCCUUUUCACAUAUCAGCAACCUGCCAGUGGGGGGUCUUUAAAGGCUCGCACAUAACAAAUUAUCUUUUUUUUCUUAUGAAAAAUUAGGAUUUUUAAAAUAAUUAUUGCUGCCAAAAACUUUUACAUUAAAUUUUUAUAGCAAUGCUUCUUCCAUUAGAAUUGAACAAAAUUUUCCAUAUCCAAUAUUUGUCAUCUUCCCAAAUAAUAUUUUAUAUUCAUUUGGGGGGCCAUGUAAAUGAAGUUGGAUAUUUAAAAAGCCUUAUUUCAUUUACCACAGUAUUCAACAUGUUAACUCAGCCCUUUGAUUAAAAUGUGUAAUAUUUAUUUAAACAAAUCCAAUCUGUCAAAUUGAUAAUCAUAAAUACUGAUGAAGCUUUUAGUGGACAGAUACAUUUUGAAUAAAUUGAAAUUCGUUACUUAAUUUUAAAAUUAACACGUCUGUCCAGUUCUCUUAAAAUCAACUAAAAAUUCUUCUAUGCAAUAUAUCAUUUUUUUAAAAAUAAAAUUUCAUGUGCUUUUUUAAUUAAUAAAAAGUUGUGUGUUUUCUCUCCUUGAAAUGCUUCUAAUGAUAAGCUUAUUUGUAAUGACAUUACAAUCGAGCAAUGAUACAUAAGGCUAACCCAAAAAUAUUUUUUUUAUUAACUCAAUAUAAAUUCACAAUUGUUACGGCUCUUGAAAGUUCAUAUGAACAGUGAAGUAAAGAUAUUAAUUAUGUUUGAUUAAGAAUUUUUUUGACAAUAGAAAGUAGUGGUUUCUUUUUAAAUAGAUUCAAUACAUAUAUCAUGGGCUAUCAAAAGAAUUUACCUUACAUAAAUUGCUUUAAAAAAAAAAAAUCGAUAUUGCCAUUUACCUUGAUUGUGGUGGCCAGCUGAUUUGUUAAGUUUUAUAACAAAUGUUUACCGGGUUAAUUGUUAAUGCAUUUUUUCAUUGAUGAUCAAAAUAUUGCCAAUUUUAAGAUAUGCAUUAUGGUAUCUUUUUAUUUUUUUUAAUUUUAUUUUUUAACACCUUUACUGUGCCCAUAGUUUAUCCAGUUUAUUUUUUUAAGCAUAAUUAAACUGUCUGGUUUUCAGUUAUAUGAAUUUUUUUUGUUUCAGUUGCUCAAAGAGCAAAAUCUAUUUUGAUGACUAUAUACUUCCCUCUAAAUCGAAUGACUUAUUCAUAUCUACUUGUAUAAAUCUAAACUGAACAUUUUGUCUUUUGCAAGCAAAGCUGCUGUUUUAAAAAGUAAUCUUUUUAAAAAUUAAAUAGCUCUAGCAUAUUUUUAUAUUGUAAAAUUGUUGCUUUACAAUGUUUAAGGAACAGUAAAAUUUAAUAGCACAUUUUCCAUUGAUAGGGAUUAACAGUCAUGAUGUGUUAGAUUUAAUAUAAAUUUGAUGCAUUUUUCAUUUAUUAAAGAAAAAGAUUUGCAUAGGUAGUUUUGUCCUUAAACAUUUUCCUGCUCUUUUUAUUUAUUUAAUGGUUGCCAUUUUUUAAAAAAAGGAAAUGUUUUGUUUCGAUUAAAUGAAUAUUGUUUUUUUUCGAUGGAAACUAUUGCUAGCUUGUUUUAGCCCAUAUUGUCAGCUAGUAUAAGCUCUGCCAUUUUAGAUCAAAUAUAAUCUAUGUUAAAACAAGAUACUAUGUUGAAAUGAGAUUUGGAGCUGUUUUUCAAACCUGAUCCUGAAGCCUUUUUUAACAAAACUUACAGUAAACUAAACACUUUGAACGUUACUGUUGGAAGUAUUCCUUGUAAAACCCCAUUGAAAAUUGUUUUGUUUUUUUAACUUGGAAUUUCAUUAGUUGUCGGAAUCAUGUUUCUCAAGAAAUUUAAGUUUAUGACGACAUGGCUUUAAGAAAUAUGUUAAUUGCGUCCAACUCUAAAGCUUUUGUGUACAAUGGUUUAACAAUUUGAUCUAAAACCAUUUUCUGUAUUGUAAAAUGUAUGCUUAAGUCAUAAGCUUAAGAAAGACGUUGAAUUGAUAUAACAUGUUUGUUAAAUACUACAAAGUCUUUCCGUUUAAAUAGGACUAACAUAACCGUUUCCCCAACAUGUUCACCUUUGUAUUCACUUGACCUAUUGAUUUCUUUUGUUUCAUGAGAGUCUACUUUUUAAAAUUACCUUUGCUUAGUUUAUUCAAAAUUUCUGCUCUAAUGAACAGGUUCAAUAAUUUAUUUUUUUAAAAUCGUUACUUCUGUGCAAUUUUCUUCACCCUUUAUAUCUUAUUCUUUUAUAUCCAUCUGAAUACAUCUCACCUUUUCCUACUUCAACUGAUAACAUUAUGAUACUCUUUGAUUAACCACAAAUUACUGCCUUUAUAAUACUGUUUGAUUAACCACAAAGUACUGCCUUUACCUUAAGCAAAUUAUUAUUUCAUGUUGCCAUCAUUUUUACUCCAAAAAUGAGCUAGGAAAAAAAAACAUGCUUCAUAGAUAAGGUUUAUUCACCAUUUUUUGUGAUCUAAGUGAACCCCUAAUAAUAUGAUCGAGCACAUCAGUAAUAUUGAAUUGCAUUUAUUUUCUGGGGAUUAUAAAAUUUUGAGAAAUAAACAUAUUUGCACAAUGAAAAGACAAAGUUAUUCAAAUUAGUCAAAUUAAAUUAAUAAUACAAUAACUUUAUGUUGAAUUUAGGUUUUGCAGGAUAGCACAAUUUUUAUUUUCAAUGUUUCUAGGUGACAUUAAACUCCCUUAAUCUUAUCUUAAGUGACCUUAGCCAUAACUAGCUCAGUUUUUUUUUUGUGCCAGACUGUAGUGUUGAUAAAGAUAAACAGCUUAACAAGAAAGCCACUCAAAACUUGAUAAAUGAGCAACUUUAAAAUUUCAUGAUAAAUUUUGAAAUAACUUAGAAUAAAUGAGAUGAUCCUUUUUAUAUAUACAGCUCUAUCAGAAUCUCUCUGGAGUUAGGAUAAGUUUUAAAAAAGAAAAGACAUGAAUAAAAGAAAUAUUUGCAAUAAAGUAAUGAUAAAUCUAAUAUUUGUAUCCCUUAUAGUUCAUGGUGUGGUAUUUUAGCUUUAAUCACAUUGCUCUGUCUCAUGGGGAAAACAUGAUCAAGGGUAUUAUUUGUAAACAAUUAUUCCAUCUCAAAGAGUUCAUUGUGCCUUCCUUCGACUCAGAAUGGCGUUUUCUCUCUUCAUUAUGGUUAAUUUGUUGAAUGACAUGAAAAUAUUUGUCUGUGAAAUGUCUCUAAAGAAGAACAUUUUAUCUCAGAUCUACUAUACAUUUAUGAGGUAUAGUUUUCCCAAUGAUUAUAACACUGAUUAUCUGUACAAAAUAGUAAAAUGUAUUUUAUUAUGAAAGAUCUCAAGAAAAAUGUCAGAAUUACUUGUAAAAUAUGUGUCAAGAAAUACACAUUUAGUGAUGAUUUAAUUUUAUAGCAUUAAUGACAAAUGAGCUAUCUGGAUAUUUAUUAUUUAAUUCUUUUAAUGUAAAUGAAAUGUCUGUCUUGUUAAUGAUAAUAUAUUAAAAAAAUAAUUAGGUUUUAUAUCUUUAAAUUAAUGGUGAAGAGAAGAAAAAAAAUAAUUUGAAUUUUAAUUUCUCGUAGCCUGAGACCCGUUAUUUUCAAUCUAUCCCUUGUUAAAAUCAUUACCCGGUACCGGGUAUCAAAAUCUAAGUAUGUUAUGUGAAUUUUGUCCCUUCGCUUGUGUUUAAAAAUUGUAUGAAUAACAGUAUUAUUACCUACCUACCAGCUUGCCAUCCAAAAUAGACAAUAGUAACUUGCAUCAAUCUUGUUUUUUAAUUUGUCAUAGUUUUCCCCAACAAUAUUAUUAUAUUACAUUAUUCACAGCCAUAGAUCAAUCACCAAAUAAUCAGGUUGAACCCUCACACAACUGAUUUAAAGUGACUCAUUGCUCCAGUUUAAAACACUGAUGUAAGGUUACUAACAAUUAACUCAUCCUAUAUUAUAAUUAUACUAAGUAGAUAAUAUAUUUAUGAAUAGAAAAGCUGUUUAAGUUUAAGCACCCAGUACACUAAAUUUGUAUGUUUUUGAUCCAAUGUAUGCAUGAGUGGCUCAGUACAUGUGGUUGUCUAGGUGUGUGACUACAAGUUACAAGUUAAUAAAAAGGAGUGUAUAAAACCCAUUGUUUUAUUUACAUCAAUGCU